GUUCGUACUACUAUUCGCGCACUCCGUGACAAAUAUAAGUUUGAGAUACCAUAAUCCUUCUGCUCUCAUCCCACAAGAAGAAAUUGUCUCAAUCAAACAUGGAAAAGUAUCCACAAGGGAAUUCUGACGAGGCAAGGGAAGGCUACUGCAAGGGAGCUUGUGAGAUGAAACCUACGAAACGGGUUGCGGACAACAUACUCCCUCAUAUUCUUAACCUUGAAAAGUUUGAAGGUUUGGACCAAUUUUUCAAAUACAGUACCGGUAGUCGGCCUGGCCUAACCAUCCAUAAGCCGAUUACAGGAACUAUGGCUGAUAUGGUACUACACGGUUUUUUAAACAUUGCACUGGAACCAUUAGUUUACCUUAGUGUUCUCAUUUAUGCAUCCCGCGCCACAUUUAAGGACUUUGAAAUCUAUGUGCCUCAUGCAACCUUUGAAGACCCACUCAUGUGUGCACAUGGGGUAAACCAGAUUAAAUCAGCAUUCUAUUCACUUGCCAAGGUCUUCAGUGAAUCAAGAAUCGUGGACUACAGCAUUAAAGAAAACAUAAUUGCACCAGGAAAGACAGAGGUGAACGAAAUUCUCAGUCAUUUAUCUCUUGCUUUGAUAUUAAUUGACAACAAGCAAUUCUACAAGUUCCUGGGGAGAGACAUCGAUGUGAUAUCACUCAUCAAGUUAUAUACGGAGAACGGAAAAGUUAUUCGCCAUGAAGACUGGUGGGAUAAGAAACCAUUAUGGAAUAGAGAGACAGUGAGAGUGCCACUCGCUGGGCGCAUAAUUGAGGCGACCAGACGAGCAUCAAUGUUGGCAACUCAUGCUUUGAUGAGGUUUGGAAAAGAUCCACCCAUGUAAAUUUUAUUUUUUUAUGAAAUUUUUUAAUAUAUAAAUUAUGUAGUACAUUCUGCAGAUAUUAUGCUUCAACUUUAAUGUGUUGGUCGAAAUUGCUAGAAAUACCUUACGUAUACACUUCGGUAACUGUCUUGUUUGUUGUUGAACUCCAUGAAAGUAGUUAUUUGUUGGAGUUUUGAAAUAAAUGGAAGGACUUUAAAGAAAUAAAUA